AUGACUCUCGCCGCUUGCUCCUUCCUGCUUCCCUCCAUCCUGCUCUUCCCAGAUAUCACUCAGUUCCUCAGAUUCUUUGACCCCAAAUUCCGCAGAUUCUCCUCCAACAAUGUCUCCUGGAACCAUCACUCCCUCGCCACCCGAACAAACCACUACCUCUCCUGCCACUCCUCAAAAACUUUUAAUGGUGUCCAUGGGGAUCUGCUGCCAUCUGAGUGCGGCCGACCCCAGGCUGUCCGUAUUGUCGGGGGGCAGGAGGCCGAGGAGGGGCGGUGGCCUUGGCAGAUCAGCCUGCAGGCUUGGAAUGGGAAGUGGAAUCACAUAUGCGGCGGUUCCCUCAUCAACGAGGAGUGGGUGCUGACCGCCGCUCACUGCGUUAUAAAUACUGCAACCCUUUCGUUCUUGAGGAUUCAACUGGGGCAAAGGGAGCCCUCACAAUUCACCCAGGCCAUGGUGAAACAGAUCAUCACCCACCCCCUGUACGAUGAGACUAGAGCGGACUCCAGCGCAGACAUCGCCCUGCUGCAGCUGACAGCCCCAGUGUCCUACUCUCGUACAGUCCUCCCCAUCUGCCUCCCAAAUCAAGACGUCCAGCUGCCCUCGGGAGCCCGGUGCUGGGUAACUGGCUGGGGUGCCAUGAUAUCUGGAGGCCCCAUAUCCAAUGUCCUGCAGGAAGUUGAGGUCCCCCUGAUCGACACGCAGACCUGCGAUGCCUUCUACCACUUCGGCACGGACAUCCCGACCAGCCAGAAAAGGAUCCAGGAUGAUAUGAUCUGCGCCGGUUUUCCCCAGGGACAGAAAGAUUCCUGCCAGGGAGAUUCAGGUGGGCCUCUCGUCUGUAACUCCAACGGCACCUGGAUGCAGGCAGGCGUGGUGAGCUGGGGAGAAGGCUGUGCCAAGCCCUACCGGCCUGGAGUCUAUGCCAGUGCCCCGUACUACGCCAACUGGAUCGCAUCAAAAGUCCCGGGACUGGCCUUCGGAAAUUUCAACAUCUCAGGAGCCUCCCCACUCCUGGGUCCCUCCUGGAUCACCCUCCUGGCCCUACUGCUGAUAAUGGUCCUUUUCAGACAGAUCCUCGCCACCAGCCCGGACCCCGAGCCUUUGGGCUUUCAGAGACUUCUAAGAGAAGAGGGGCAAAAACCCCUGACCAUUGGGAAGUUACAUGCCUUUGUGGAAAUAACCCAGACCUGA